UCAUUCAACAGUAUUCGGGAGUUUUCUCAAGUUAUUCACGACCGUAAGCUUAUUUUGUAAUUAAAAUAUCUGUUCAAUUUUCUUGUAUAUCAGUCAAUAUGCAUGAACCUGAAGUUAAUGAAGAAGAAUCACUAAUCCCGCCUGGUGAAGAUGUCGCUCUUCCCCCAGCCCUUGAACAAGCAUUGAAUUAUAAAGAAGAAAGAGCAAAAGAAGUUGGUGUUAUUGAUGGAGUAACAGAAGUAGUAUCUGAAUUUUCACAAGAAAAUGAAAGUGAAGUUGUACAGUCUCUAAAUGAAGAUGAUGAUGAUGAUGAAGAAGAUGAUGAAGAAGAGCAAGUAGUUAAAUUGUCUACAAAAGAUCGCAAAGUAGCUAAAAGAAGAAAGAAGAAGUACAAGAAGAAAAAGAAAAAGCAGUUAAAAAAUGAGCAAAAAGAAAAAAAAGUGUCAUCAUCUUCAGAUAAAGAGAAUAAGGUUGAAAAAAUAGAUAUAGAGGUUGAAUACAUACAAGAAACACUAAGUGUGUUUAAUCUUGUACCCAUGUAUAGACAAUAUGCUAAAGUUUUUGAAAAUUUUAAAAUUCCUGAGCCAGAACAGAAACCAGCAGAUACUACUGGUGGCCAAGAAGCAACUUUACCUAGUUUAGAUUUAAAGAAAGUACCUAAACUUCCUGAACAAGAAGAUGAUGAUGAUGAUGAUGGUAGAGAUAAAGAUGAUAAUCAACCCAAAGGACCUGAUAAGUUAUCAAGAAGACAAUUUAAAAAAGUUACGCGCUUAAGUGUAGCUGAACUUAAACAACUAGUUUCUAGACCAGAUGUAGUAGAAAUGCAUGAUGUUACUGCUAGAGAUCCUCAUCUUUUAAUACAAUUAAAAGCUCACCGUAACACUGUACCUGUACCUCGUCAUUGGUGUUUUAAGCGUAAAUAUUUGCAGGGUAAACGAGGUAUUGAAAAACCACCGUUUGAUUUACCUGAUUUUAUUAAACGCACUGGUAUUAUGGAAAUGAGAGCUGCUCACCAAGAAAAAGAAGAUGAAAAAUCUCUAAAAAAUAAAAUGAGAGAAAGAGUUAGACCUAAAAUGGGUAAAAUAGAUAUUGAUUACAAGAAAUUACACGACGCUUUCUUCAAAUUACAAACUAAACCUAGAUUAUCUCUUCAUGGCGACUUGUACUAUGAAGGUAAAGAAUAUGAAACUAAACUUCGAGAAAAAAAACCUGGUGAUUUAAGCGCUGAGUUGCGUACGGCAUUAGGUAUGCCAGUUGGUCAUAAUGCCCACAAAGUCCCUCCACCAUGGCUUAUUGCCAUGCAACGUUAUGGUCCUCCUCCAUCAUAUCCAGCUCUUAAAAUCCCCGGUCUUAAUGCUCCCAUUCCUGAAGGAUGUUCUUUUGGUUAUCAUGCUGGUGGUUGGGGAAAACCACCUGUAGAUGAACGUGGGCGACCACUUUAUGGAAAUGUUUUUGGUACUCCAUCUGAUUAUGAUGAAUCCCAUGUAGCUGAAGAGCUUAUAGAUAAAUCAAUGUGGGGAGAACCAGAUUCAGAAUCUGAUGCUGAAGAAAGUGAAGAGGAAGAAGAAGAAGAAGAAGUCAAGGAAGCUGAGGAAGUGGCAAUUGAUGCUAGUGGUAUUGCUACACCAGUUGCAGAAGGCUUAGCUACUCCUUCAGGCAUUAUGUCUGGAUUACCUAGUGGUUAUGAAACACCUGAAUAUAUUGAAUUGAGAAAACGAAAGAUUGAAUCUGAAAUGGAAAGUAGUGAACAACAACCACUGUACCAUGUAUUGCCAGAAAAGAAGGUUGAUACUGUACGUGGUUCGAUGAUGGCAUCUACACAUAUGUACGAUAUACCAACUGCAGUUGCUAAUAAACCUGGCGAAGUUGAAGUCAGUUUAGAUCCAUCUGAAUUAGAGUUAGCUGGAGAUGUUGAAGCUAUGGCUGCUAGGUAUGAGCAAAGAAUGAAGGAUCAACAGGGCGGGGAAGAUGAUGGUACUGAGACUGAAAAGAAGAAAGGCCAAAAACGAAAAGCUGCUCAAGAAGCAAAAACAAGCAAAAAAUACAAGGACUUCAAAUUUUAAGCUAAUAAGAUUAGAUUAUACUUAUAUUUUAGAGAACAUUAGAAUAUUAUUUAUAAAUCGUAACUGAUAGUACUGUAUUUUGUAUAUAUC